CUCUCACUUGUUAGUGUCUCCUACUCCUUUUCCGACCACCUUUCUGUCUACAUAUUAAAUCCCAUCAUGAAAGCCGCUCCGGAGACUUCCUCGCAGGCAGCUGCGCCUUCCGCUGCCAUGGAUGCGGUGUUGGUCGCGUCUGAACCGGUGCCAGAAGGCUCGCACCAGGUGCGCGGGGUCGACUUCGAUCGCUUCCGGGGCCGUGAUAUCACCGUUGCGGAGAUGGUGGACAACAUGACUCACAUGGGCUUUCAGGGGAGUGCUGUUGCAGAGGCAGCCCAGAUUAUCAAUGAGAUGCGGGCGUACCAUCACCCCGAAACAGGAGAGAAGACUACUAUUUUUCUCGGCUACACGUCUAACCUGAUUUCUUCUGGUCUUCGGGAUACCCUUCGAUAUCUGGUCCGUCAUCGUCAUGUCUCCGCUAUCGUCACUACCGCCGGCGGGGUGGAAGAGGACCUAAUCAAAUGUCUCGCGCCUACAUACAUGGGUUCCUUCACUGCUGCUGGAGCUGGACUUCGUGCCAAGGGCUUAAACCGGAUUGGCAAUCUACUUGUUCCUAACAACAACUACUGUGCAUUUGAAGACUGGUUGAUCCCUAUCCUAGACAAGAUGCUCGAAGAGCAAGAAACGGCAAAGCAGAAGGCGAUUGAGACAGGAAAUGAAGAAGACGAAUUACAUUGGACACCGAGUCGCAUUAUUGAACGCUUAGGUCGUGAGAUCAACAACGAAGAUUCAGUGCUGUAUUGGGCUGCCCGGAACAAUAUCCCAAUCUUCUGUCCUGCCCUCACCGACGGAUCUCUUGGAGAUAUGCUCUACUUCCACACGUACCGCUCCUCCCCAAAACGGUUACGCGUGGAUAUUGUGGAGGAUGUGCGUCGUAUCAACACCAUGUCCGUCCGGGCUGCCCGUGCAGGAAUGAUUAUUCUGGGUGGAGGAGUGGUUAAGCAUCACAUCGCGAAUGCCUGCCUGAUGCGGAAUGGGGCGGAAAGUGCCGUUUACAUCAACACAGCGCAGGAGUUCGAUGGGAGUGAUGCUGGGGCUCGUCCGGAUGAAGCCGUCAGCUGGGGUAAGAUCAAGACGGACGCAAAGGCGGUCAAGGUCUAUGCGGAAGCAACUGUUGUGUUUCCUCUUAUUGUCGCGGCCACAUUUGCCCGAGCCAGUCAGCAGUCGACACCCGGAUCGAACGGCGACAGUAGACGUGAAAACUAGUUGAAAUGCCGGGUUGAACCUUCUCGUGUGUGAUAUGACUUUAGAGAAAACCCUGACGACGAUAUAUAAUGGUUAUCCGAAUUGAGAAAUCCGAAGAACUUGUUGUGGGACCGACAAGAAACUCGGCGUCUCUCUGGUAUGCUAACAUAAUUCAAGCCGGCUAUGAUGGGUACCUUUAAUACCUGUCACUCUUCCCAGUCUGCUUGCUGGGACACAGCCCAUAUAGCACUAUCUCGUCGGUCUAAUCUCCUUGGAUAGUCGUAUUGAAGGCUAACAGGCCAUGGACUAUACCCCUGUCUCGUCGUUUGAGAACCAAAGUUGGUGUGUCCCAGACAAUUUUCGUUUGUCCUUUUCGAUUUUGAAACUGGACGAGCGCAACCAGCAGACACAACUGGCUCUGUUGAGGGAGAAGUGUGCUUGCUUAUGCUUCGCCCUCUCCCGCUCUCCUAUGUCUCUGGAAGUGAACCGACAAUGAUGUGAAUUUGCUAGAUGUAUCAAACCGUAGCAAAUGCGCAGCUACAAUUCCCGGACUGUCAUGUGGCACUGGAUGCUACGAGUAGUCAAAGCGCAAUAAAUGCUUAUCUCCUCCCCUGGCAUGGGAUCUGUCUGCCUGUAUUUUCCUGCCUCCAGGGCCAUUCGUAUACCGACUGUGUAGUACAUCUCCCCAGUCAUGGACAAAGCAUU